GCGGCCAUUGCAGUGGCUAAAUGAAGAACUUGUGAACAUGCACGAGGGAAGGACUCUACCUUUCACUUCGGUGACUUCCCCAGAUGCUUUGGCCCAAAGAAAGAUGGAAAGGAAUGGGAAGAACUUGAGCCAAGGCUGCUGCACAGCACCCAUUCAGUGAGCCAACAGGAGAUCCUCCAUACGCCACGUCGCCGAGCCCCCCACCCUACCCUUCCGACCCCUCGACCUACAAGCGCCAUGACCUCUGAGCUGGAGAGUAGCCUGACCUCAAUGGACUGGCUCCCCCAGCUCAGCAUGAGGGCAGCCAUCCAGAAGGCAGAUGCGGGCCACCACCACGGACACCACCACGGACACCACCACCACGCUCACCAUCACGGACACGGGCCUGGCAAGAAAAUCGCCCAUCUGGACCCGGGAACAACGCUGGACCAGGAGGAAGCCGCACAGCACAGAGACGGUAAACCACCCUACAGCUACGCCAGCCUCAUCACCUUCGCGAUCAACGGCUCGCCACGCAAACGGAUGACCCUCAGCGAGAUCUACCAGUGGAUCUGUGACAACUUCCCCUACUACCGAGAGGCGGGCAGCGGCUGGAAGAAUUCUAUACGACACAACCUGUCCUUGAACAAGUGUUUUCUCAAAGUGCCUCGCUCCAAAGACGACCCCGGAAAAGGUUCCUACUGGGCCAUAGACACCAAUCCUAAAGAAGACACAGUACCCAGCAGGCCAAAGAAGAGACCGCGCUCUGGAGAAAGAGCAUCAACUCCUUACAGCCUGGAGUCAGAGUCUCUGAGAAUGGACUGCAUUAUGUCAGGAGGGGCGUCCCCGACUCUGGCCAUCAACGCUGUAACCAACAAGGUAGCGCUGUACAACCCCGAGGCAGAAGGCAGUGAGAGUCCCGGGAGUCUGGGCGGCAGUCUGAGCAACAGUCUCUCAGAGCAGAGUUUGGCGUCCGUCAACCUCAACAACCUGAACACCGCCGUCAGCGGCGGCAGCAACGUGCACAGCUACACACCAGUGAGUAGCCACUCGGAGCCUUCGUCCCAGUCCCUGAGCCUUCAGCAGCCUGGCCAGCAGCCGCCGCCGCCACCUCCCCCUCCUCCCCCGCAGCCCCAGUACGGUUUGCCCGUCCCGGAGUCGCGGGACAAGCACCUCUGUUUCUCUGACUUCGAGGACCUCAGCGCCUCUUUCCGCAGUCUUUACAAGUGCGUCUUUGAGCAGUCCUUCUCACAGCAAGGUUUGAUGGGCAUGCCCGGUGAUUCCAGCCAGCAGGCCCGGACCGCCUGUUCCUACCAGCACUCCCCCGGCGCGGGAAGUGGCGGCGGCGGCGGCCACCACCACCACCAACACAACCACGGUCAGGCGUCGCACCACCCCCACCACCCUCAGCAACACCUCUCCCCUCACUCCACCCACAGCCAGCACCAGGCGCACGGUCAGCAUGGCCAGCACCAACAGCACCCUGCUCAUUCCCAGCAGCACCCAUCUCUCUCCCACCAGAGUCACACUGGACAGACCUGCACCACCACAGGCAUGUCAUCAGACUGGUACCCCAACCUGGACUGGCUGAAGGAGAGCUGCCGCAUUGCUACCAGCUACAACUGGGCUGACGUAGACCUCUCCCCAUUUCAAGGCCUAAAGGAGAGCAUGCGGCAGGCUGAGCUCAACAACUGGUCGCUGGACCCCGCCCAGAUGGCCGACCUGUGCUCCUCCAUCAACCAGUUCUUCACGGCCACGGGGGUCAUCACCUCGCAGGGCGCCGCCCACCCACAACCUCAGGUCCAACACCCGACACCACCAGGAGCGCCGCAGCACCCGGCUCAGCCGCACGGAGCGAUGCACCCGAAGGCCAGCCAGCACGGGCAACACAAUCAACAUAACCAACACAUCAGCACGGGGAACAUGUACAUAGACUCGAGACAGAGCAUUUCCUCUCUGAUGGGCCCGCCAGGAUACCCCCACAUGCCUCCCAUGAGCAACACGGCCCCCGCCAUGACAGGUGACUCUUCCAUCGCUCUCUUAACAGGCCACCUCAGCCAGCUGAGCCAGCAGCAGCAGCACAGGCUGCCUCUGGGACACUUCCAGGUGAGACGCAUGCUCACUGCAGACGACAUCCAGGACGACUUCGACUGGGACUCCAUCGUAUAAACUGAGCCGCCGGUGGAACGGAGGGACGAGGAGGGAGAGACUGGGGAUGAAAGAGAGACAUGUGACGACAGGUGAGGUACGGAACUGGCCGACCUGCUCCUCUCACCUGUGUGCAAAAACAGAAGACAAUCCAACAGAAAACAAAAAACGCUGAGUCAUUUUUCUGAUCUUGCUGGCCUUUUCUUUUCUGAUACAAGCGGAUGGUGAGUCUAAAGACAAUCAUUCAUAAAAAAGAUGAGACUUGCACAGGAUUGGACCAAGCCAAGAUGUGGUCGCGCAUCGUCCGAGGCAGAAGGCCGCCUGAAGCUCUCCGACUUGUCUCGUGUGUCAUCCCGCCCAGUGCCAACAGGGUUACAAGUCACCAAAGUGUUGUCAAAUUGUCUGUGAAUUGUUUAAAUCUUUUGCGUUUCCUGCUACAACGUGUGUUCCGUGUCUGCAAAGUUUCAGCACUUGUGCCGGACGUGAAUAGAAACCUUGCUUUCACCAAUCUCCCUGCAGAAAAUCACUCAAGCUGCGUUUCGCACACAUUCAGCAGGUCUGACAUCUCAUGCUUGCACCAUUUUUUCGUUCACUCUAACGUUAGGCAUCCGUGCGGCUGUGGGUCCAUACAACCACAGUUAGGAGGAUGUUUGAAGGAGAAACACGAUGUUCAGCCUGCAUCAGUAAUGGUUGAGUGGAGCUCCACCUGCUGGUUAAAACAGGCACCACAUAGCAUCCUUUCCCUGAAGGAGUUCUAUGCACCACAGUCUCUCUUCAUCUUUGUCCCAUCACACCGGACAGUUCAUCACUUUAAAUGUCGUUGUUGUGUGUGUGGAACAGCGCAUAGUGCCAUGUUCUCAGGGUGUUACGCUCACAUGCCAUGUCAGACCAACACAAAGCCAUUUACACGUCUGUGUGCGAGGUUACGGUGCUGUCGGUGUUCACUUCCUGUUGGCGAACAGCGAGCCUCCCGGUGACUGCUCCUAAAGUUUGUCUGCAUUUGUCAGCUUAUAAGCUAUCUGAUAUGAAAUACUGUGGAAUAAGCUUUUCAGUAGCUCAAACAGCCGCCACUAAUUCAAACGAAAACAAGACGCUGGCUGGACUUGGACUCGGCCCACAACAAUACAUCGUUUUCUGCGAUACGAGUCGGUUUUUCCAGGUUUUCUAAUUUUGGGAAAGUGCGUAUAAGUUGUGACCAGGCAGUGAAGGUCAGGCGUGAUUUCAGGACGCCUCAUUUAGGAGACGACGAGCAGUUUUUGCACAACAGCAAACUUGAUAGCGUCUGGAGGAUGAGAGGAAGAAAAGAAAAUGUUUCAUUUCUCUGUUUCAAAAAGACAUUUAAAAAAUAAUCGGUCAGCAGCAACUGAACAAAAGUUUGCUCAACUUUUUUUUUUUUUUUUUUUUACUGUGAUGUUUAAUUUCGUCUGUGUGUACAAGUGUGUAUAGUCCUCUCUGGUUUCCUUUAGCAUACAGCUCCGUACUGCUCAAAAAAUACGCAUAAGAAACAAGUAAUUUGUUUGUAUAAAGUGGGUACACAGUGAAAUAUGGGACCUUAAAGUGCUCUUUGGUUUGGAGGAUCUCAGUGAUUGUUCGAAUGGUCAAUACAAGGUCUCAUUGUAGAAAAAAAAAGAAAAAUAAUCUUCAUUAUUGCCAUUAAAUGCUGUAUUACAGUGACCAGCAUAUAUAUCUUGUAUGUUUGUGUGUUGUCGUCCUUGUAAAUAACGGUAUGUUACUCCCAUGUUUGCCCUUGAAAAACACGGACUGAUAAAAAAGAACAGCAAAUGGAGAGAAAGUAUUUUGUUAUUUGUCCUUCAGGAGACACAUUAUGUACAUAUACAUUCAGUAUAUUGUAAAUAAGUGAGAAAAAAAAUGGCAUUGGCGUUUUGUGUGUCAUGAAUAAUCUGUGUA